GGUGUUUGCAAACCAAUCGCCUGAACGUCCCCAUCUUACCUAAGAGAGAACCCCUCCUACGUCCGCGAAGUGCUCCGAACUGAUAUAUGACAAUAUCUACUUUGGAUCACGUGCUCGGGGAGAGAGACUAAGACGGAUAACGCGUCAUCUCGCCUUCCCAAAUUUUCCCCCCUCGCAAGACCGGGUCCAAAACGUCCAUCUGGAGCCGGCAGGAGAAGAGAACGAUGUUUAACUCGGUCAACCUGGGCAACUUCUGCUCGCCGUCGCGAAAGGACAGGGGCGCUGAUUUCGGGGAGCGAGGGAGCUGCGCCUCCAACCUCUACCUGCCCAGUUGCACUUACUACAUGCCCGAGUUCUCCACGGUCUCCUCCUUCUUGCCCCAGGCCCCUUCUCGCCAGAUCUCCUACCCCUACUCCGCCCAAGUGCCCCCGGUCCGCGAGGUCUCCUACGGCCUGGAGCCCUCCGGCAAGUGGCACCACCGCAACAGCUACUCCUCCUGCUAUGCGGCGGCCGACGAGCUCAUGCACCGGGAGUGCCUGCCUCCUUCCACCGUCACCGAGAUCCUCAUGAAAAACGAAGGCUCCUACGGCGGCCACCACCACCCCAGCGCCCCGCACGCAGCCCCCGCGGGCUUCUACUCCUCCGUCAACAAGAACAGCGUCCUGCCUCAAGCCUUCGACCGCUUCUUCGACAACGCCUACUGCGGCGGCGGCGGCGACGCGCCCGCCGAGCCCCCCUGCCCGGGCAAGGGGGAGGCGAAGGGGGAGCCAGAGGUGCCCCAGGCCUCGUGGCCUCGUGUUUUGGACGCCCCCCGCACCCGCAAGAAGCGCUGCCCUUAUUCGAAAUUCCAGAUCCGGGAGCUGGAGCGCGAGUUCUUCUUCAACGUGUACAUCAACAAGGAGAAGCGGCUGCAGCUGUCCCGCAUGCUGAACCUGACCGACCGGCAAGUGAAGAUCUGGUUUCAGAACCGGAGGAUGAAGGAAAAAAAACUCAGCAGAGACCGGCUGCAGUACUUCUCGGGCAACCCUCUGCUGUAACCGCAGGCCGGGCCCUUUCUGGGGAGAGGGACAGGGGGAGAUGAUCUUAUUUUAUUUUUAUUUUUGAUUUUCUAACUCGCCUUCUUUCCGCGGGUGGAAAACUGGACUGUGGCCAGGGCUGGCCCCGCC